AUGGACCUCGUUUCUGCCGCCUGCGAGAACUUCGGUCUGGUCAUUAACACGCAGAAGACGGUGGUGAUACACCAACCGCCACCCAAAUCAGCCACAGCCCCUAACGCGCCCCCGCAAAUCAGCGUGAAUGGGACCCAACUGCACGUGGUGGAGAACUUCCCGUACCUGGGCAGUACCCUCUCCCGCAACACCAAAAUCGAUGACGAAGUUGCCAACAGGAUGUUGAAAGCCAGCCGAGCCUUCGGUCGCCUCCAAAGCACCGUUCGGAAUCGUCACGGUCUUCAACUGAGCACGAAGCUGAAGAUGUACAAGGUCGUCGUCCUGCCGACGCUACUGUAUGGAGCGGAGACUUGGACGGUGUACACAAAACAGGAACGCCGUCUGAAUCGCUUUCACCUCAGUUGUCUUCGUCGCAUCCUGAGGCUGAACUGGCAGGAUCAAAUCCCCGACACUGAUGUGCUGGAACGAACGGGAAUGCUCAGCAUCUACUCCAUGCUGAGACAAAUGCAGUUGCGCUGGAGCAGCCACCUGGUGCACAUGGACGACGAGCCACUACCCAAACUACGCUUCUACUGA